CCAAGGCUGGUAAUCGCAGCUCAGCGGCGCGCGUCAGGUCUGCGUUUAGUAUCUGUCGAGUUGUGCCGUCCGGUCGUUGCUGUUGCCCUGUUUCGUGCAAUUCGUCCUCGGUUAAUGCGAAUAGGAGCACUGCAGAACAUUAACAACGGCAGGGCUUGUCUGCCCGCUGCUCUAGUCUGAACUGUCUUCUGCGUUCUUCCGCCCUCGCCGCCGCCAUCAUCGUGUAUCUUCGUGGCUGGAGCUAUUGCGGAUAGUGCUGUGUGUAUAUAAGUACUCUAUCUUUCCGUGUCUGAAAGGUGACAACAACAGUUGGGGGAGGGUAGUUCUAUCAGCAGCCCUGUUUCUACCGCUAGUCCAAGGCCUGUAAACAACCUUUUCGGCAACCACGACCGUUACUGCUGGAGAGUUGUACGUGAGUGUUGAUUUAGAUAUUUUGCUGUGUGAACUCUGUGGUGAGCUAGUGGAGUUCGCCUUGUCAGUAGGACACACACUUUAGGGGUAGUUGAUAGAAAAAGUCACAGCGUCAGCUGCAAACAGCAUUUACGACAGGCCUGUGUGCUCUCCUUCUAAGCUGUAACUACGGAAAAACAGGAGUACAAAAAGUAUUCGAAAGGCCAAAAAACGACAAGGGACGGAUAUACAGACAGCAAAGGCCGCUGUCUGCGACACGAACGGAGCGGAAAACGUCACUGGUACGUUGACUCUUUCACAGCUAACAGCAACGACAGGAACGGCAAGUACCGCUGACGGAGCCGAACUGCGGUAGACGAACGCAGUUUGGGUCGAAACAAAAUUACGUGCAGCUAUCUGCCUAUCUGGUUAAUAACUCUACUCGUCCCGGUGAUAACAACAGACAACUGAAAAGCAACUACUGAACAGUGGUGUGUGUGAGGCAAAUCUAUGUGCGCAACUGGAGUACACGGCAAGUGUGAUACGAAGCCCUGAAUUUCAGCAGUAAAAACAGCGGAUCGCAACGUGUAUUUCGGUGUCUCCGACGGUGCCGAUGGCUCUAGUCCAAAUUCGACCAUGUUGAAUUGGAUCAGCUAUGAGAAGGUCCUUGAGCCGUCGCAACUGCGACGGCUCGCACAACACAAGUACAACUGCGAGGGACGGUCUCUACUGGAACCGCUCUUUCAGCCGUUCUGGAAUGCUGUCACAGCUCGACUGCCGUUAUGGUUGGCGCCGAAUCUGAUGACAAUGUUAGGAUUAAUUGUUAAUGUUCUGACGACGCUACUUCUUGUAUGGUACAGCCCUGACGGUAAAAGUCCAGUGCCGUCGUGGUGUCUUGUCCUUUCAGCACUGGGUUUAUUUAUAUAUCAGACGCUAGACGCCUGUGACGGCAAACAGGCCCGUCGUACCAACUCAAGUUCGCCCUUGGGUGAACUCUUCGACCAUGGUUGCGAUUCCGUGUCAACUGUAUUUGUUUCAAUCGGGUCCUGCAUUACGAUGGGCUAUGGUAACAUUCCCGAUUAUAUGUUUCUACAAAGCUUUAUUGCCAUUUCGCUUUUUUACUGCGCCCACUGGCAGACGUUUGUGUCCGGGGCGCUGAAUGUGGGCGCCUUUGACGUUACUGAAGUUCAGUGUAUUGUCAUUGUUAUCUAUCUGUUGACGGCUUUUUUCGGUCCACAAAUGUGGGCAAUCGAGCUACCGUUGAUACAUACGGAAUUGCGGUUCGUGCCGUUUUAUGUGGGCUUGCUGUGCGCGGUAUACGUGUUUGUCCGGCAAUUCCGCGUCAUUCUAUGGGGAGGCGCGGGGAAAAAUGGCUCCUCCGUGGCAGGCACGUCAGUAUUAUCUCCAAGCAUACCUUAUGGAUUGGUGAUAGUACCAGCGUACUGCAUUUUCAAAAAAAGCGAAUCGCAUAUUUUCGAGUACAAUCCCACUCUGUACAUCAUCGCGUUUGGUAUUGUUGCCGCCAAAGUUACUUGCCGCUUAAUUGUGGCACAAAUGUCUAAAAGCAAGAUGAAGUACACAGACUACGCACUCUUCGGCCCAGUAUGCUUGUUCCUUAAUCAAUACUUUAGCGAAUUUUUGCCGGAAGUUUACGUUCUCUACUUUUGCACAUUGAUCGCUUGCGUCGACAUGGUCGCAUAUAGUCAUCAAGUCUGUCGCGAACUCUGUCAGCACCUAAAGAUUGAGCUGUUCCGAAUAAAGCCAGUGUCUGGUGGUGAAAAACGCAUGACCCGCAGCGCCGCCCAAAGAUGAUGUAAUAGGACCCGGCCGUUCUGACGUGAGAUGCCAUCUCGCAAAUGCUCGCCGCUUCAUCUCACAACAGCAGGGGGAACAAUCACAAGAACAGUAAGCAUCGCUACAGCAGUCACAUCAACAGUGAAGUCAGCAGCAACAUGCAUUCUUCAGUCCGUUCGGAUUAUAUCGAGCGUACGGCUUUAGUGUAAAGGACACAUUAAUUGGGCUGGUAAAGUGCCCAUCCAUUGAACGACAACGGCAAGCGUGCACUGCGACAAUGCAUGUUUUCGCAGUUGCAGUCUUCAAACAGCAAGCUCCCGUAAACUAAAUGAAGUGACACUCAUUUAUAUCAGUCAUUUCUUAUUUGCGUCGGCGCCUCGUCUAGUUAUCGUAGCCACCUCCCGAACAUGUUGACAACUGCAAUCGACCGGAGCUCCCCACACUUUGUGAUCGCAAUACACGAAUGUGUGAGAAAGAAAGUUUAUGCGCAUAUAUAUAUAUAUAUAUAUAUAAUGACUGUAUAACAGAUCGGAUGCUUAAAAUUCCCAUAGCGUUUUGUAUGUUUGUCAUAGAAAUAACGUGAUCAACAUAAACGAUCUUCUUCCUCAUCAGCAGCAACACAGAAAAGCAUACUGUCCGCCGUGUAGUUAGUUUUUAAUCAGUUGCAAUGGAUCAAUUUGUGAGGAAAGCAAGAUCAUUAUUUUCGAGGUGUUCAGUAUUGAGCCACAUAAAAUUAUCCUGCUGUUUCAUUACCAUAUUAGGGACCUUGCAGUAAAUUUUGAUGCGUGAACAAAAAGCUGCAGAAAAUGGUAAUUUUUUCUAUAAGUAAAUUCUCUUAAACGGUAAGUUGCGUGUCCAUUCAAACCUUGGUCACCUCUAUAAAAAUAUACAAAUAAUGAAAGCUUCGAAAAUGACAAGCUCAAAAGCGUCUAAGUCACUAAUCUUGUGACAUAAACAUGUCGAUUAAGGCCCAAUAACUCUAGAGUAAAUCUUAGCACAAACGGCAGUACCUUUCCGAAGACUAAAUGUUCGUCAAACGUUCAGUUAAAAUAACUGAUAUGUCAAUUUAAAAUGAAGCCGUCAUCGUUUUAAGCCUGUACACACAAUCAAUCCUUACGUAGAGUUAUGUUAUUAAUAACAGAGGGGAAGAUUAGCUAAUGAUGGAUUUUUUUUGUAUUCUGACUUGUUAUUGUAAUUAUGUGCUUGUCUCUCCGUCCGUUGAAGGAAGGUAGUAUUGCAAGGAUCAUAGUUAGCAUGGUCUCACAUAGCUGAAACGAGUGCUCCAGCAUGUUUGACUUCUAUAAUCUACACGGUUCUUAAACAAAGCACCAUGUCUGUAGGUGUUCGUAUCAAAGCACGAUUAUGUGCGCCAGUAGAAAACUUUGUUAUUACCGCUACUCCUAUUACUGUUUGGAGUUGUUUACAAUCUUUUGCUAGUUGUUUAGCAACCAUCCAUAAGCACUGUAUUUGCACUGAAGCACCUGCUCCCAGCAUACUGAGCUAAUCAAGGCUUCCAAAUUGCUGUUUACUGUGGAAUAGUUUCUCUAAAGAAACUUUCCAGUUAAGUGUUUAGAAUGUGACACCUAUAUAAACAGCGCGCCUCUUUAGUUGUUUGGGGCGCGGCUGACUCAUGCUGUAUGCGUCCAUACUGAUGGUUGUUUAAUACCGUGAUAGCCAAUAGCCUAGGUGCCACUUCCUAGAUUCUAAACCAUUUACUGCUAAAUUUGUCAUAUUCAGCAUACCUUUUUCCGUCGUCUCACUAUGUCGCCGAUCUAAUAUGAUUUUCAAAUCACAAAACUACCACAAUUAAUUUUCGAAAAUAAGUCUACUUCUUAUAUAAUAAGUCAGAUGUAUGUGGAGGCCAAGGAUAUGGUACGAUUUUUUCUUGCUAUUUGUUGAAGCAAUAGUUGCGUCGGAGAUUAUCAGCUAAAAUGAAAAUAGCUUACAACGUGCAUUUAAAAAUUAUCUAGUAGAGCAUAAUAUCAUACGGUUAGUAGGGUAACACAGAUAUAGUGAUGCAACGUGGACACAUACAAAUAGAAAUAAACUACUAUAAAGAAAUAAACUAAAAAUUAUGUUGUGCUAUGGGUAUCCACUAAGCCAUUAUUGUAUGUCGACCUAAUUUUAAUGAACAUCUUAGGGCAGCAAUGCGCACUCCCCUUUAGGUUUUUCUAAAAUGUCAAUUUCAGUGGGAGCGGAAGCUAGGAAUAGGUGGGCUAAACCAACCAAAUGGGGUAGAAAUCGUUCUUGUGGCAUCCGGCCCAAUUAUUGAGCGAACGGUUGGUCAUGCUCCUAUAUGAAAACCUUCCAAUAUGAACUUUAGUCUGAUCACGAUGUUUACAUUCAUUAGUUCGGCAAAUUCCACCGGCGGCACCACAUCGAGCUCAGUCCGUGCGUAUAUACUGCCGGCAACGGAUGUGUCGUGAACGAAUAUACGAGCUGAUUGAGUGGUUCCACGUAGUUUUCUUCUAUUAUAACCUUGUUAACCUUUAUGUGACUUCCUACUACAUAACCAUCUCUAAACAGUCAGCAACAUUAAGCAACAGAAGUAUCGCGGCUUUGAGCGAAUCAAGCGGCUGAAUCUUUCGAUUGUCUUUAACAUCGAUAUCUCAAACACGUCAUAACGUAUACUCAAAUGUAGUGAGAAUUACGUAAUUAAGAUAAUGAACAACGAAGUCCCAGUAAUACAGUUAAUGUUUUCUGUAGGUCUAUCUACAGAGUAUAAUUACAGUCUAGAGUGUAAAAGUACAAAUUGAUGAAGUGGUGACGUUAAUAAAGCAUAUUAGACAAUGCUCCGAAAAUAACCCCCUUCUAUGAUUUAGCCGUCAUUCACUUCUUAAGCGCGGUUAGUUGCAACCGGAAUUGCGCAAGACCAGUGAACGAACUGAUCGAGGAGAGAAGUAAUGUGCCUAGACCCUAAUAAUCGCCCCAUAAUCGCUAGAUGACAGCGACGUACAGGUGCAGCCAAACAGGCAUAAGGUCUAAAACACUAAGAGAACAAAAAAAGGUUUCAUGAAGGAGGAGACUAAGAAGUGACAUGCGCAAACUACUGUAUCAUUGUAUCUAUAUAUAUCCAAGUUUGAGGCAAGGAAGCAUGCAGAUCUAAGGUGAGAUCACAUAGAUCUACGAUUUAUGUAUAUUUUGGUCUUUGAGCAAAUAAAACGACGCAGCACUCUAACGUAAAACGCCAGUGGAAAUGAUAAAAUAUAUCAGCAUUGAUAAUGAUAGGGUCAUGUGUGUAGAUAGUACUACAAUUAUAUUAUAAAUAUGAUAAUUAUGACGGCGGUGACGUUUUAUUAAAAUAACUAUUAGUACGUAUUUGUGCAACAUCGGUUACCUAAAAAAUUCUGAAUUGAUUACUAUCACUACCAUGAAGGCUCUAUUUUUUUUUUAUUACAAUAUUAGUAUCGGCGGUGCAGCGAAGCGAGUGUAUUUACAAUACGAGCUGGUGAGGGUAAACGUUAGUACCAAAUGGGUCGAUUAAUAAAGCAUGUAGUAUAAUAGCUACAAACACAGGGACACGGAUACGCACAUAGACGAAUGCCCUUGUCGACACUCGAAUAUUCGACUCAACGAAAUCCACGACUAAUAUAUGUAUAUAUAUAUAUAUGUAGUAGUAUUGAUAAUGACUAACCAAAGUGAAUGAUAUUGAAUUCGUCUGAUUUACCUGUCAGUCAAUACAGACACGUCCAGAAUACUGAUUAAACAAGAAACAUACACACGAAACCAAAGUCAUUUGAGUUGUGUACUAUGCAAUACGGCAAGCCGUGAGGUAAACGGUGAGUGAUGUAUAUGUAUCAGAGCAAUGUGAAAUGCUACGUGAUAUGCUGUCAUUGAAUGGACACAGAAUGCGAAUGAGGUACGAUUGGAUGGCGCCAGAGAAAAGUUUUUUAGAUCGGAGUAUCUAUACCCUCUUGGUUUUUUUUGAGUAAAAUGGGUGAGCUCGAAAAAAUGAUGGCCUGCCAGGAUCUUCUGCUUCGAUGGACGCCACACACAACUUGAUCGCAUUCGACAUUGGACUCAAUGAAGAAGGCUUGAUCAAAGGCAGAUAAAUAGUAGCUAAUCCAAAGGAAAAAUAACGUUGGUGUCGUUCGAUCGAGUAUAAUAUUAAAUACCACCGGUGAAUGAGAAUAUGAAGAAAUGUAAUAGUGAAUAAAAAUGUUUAUAAGAAUCAUUUUACUAUAA